AUGCAUCUGGUUGCCAAAUUUCAUUCAGGAAAUUUGGACAUCAAUGAUGCUCAACGGUCUGGGUCGGUCGCCCACAUGAAAUUGAAACGACCAACAUCCCACCCAAUCAGUGCAAGAGACUACUAUGCCCCUAAAUGUAUUAGUAUGGCAAAUAGAACUUUACUGAAUUUAUUUGAACGACCAACAGAGCCACUCUUCUAUCCUAAAGGUGAUAAUGAAGUCUUCGAUAUGCCUGAAGAUUUUGUUACUGACCGUUUCAAGCCUUUGAAAUCAAGCCUAUCAGACAGAGUAGGAGCAGGAGCGAAGAAGAUACCAGUGAAGAAGAUAAAUCUUCCAGACAUUAGCCUCCCUUUGCAGCUGGACAGAAAAGCCAAAUUCUCACUGUUUAUGCCCUCCCAUCGAAGGAUGGCUGCCAGGCUAAUAGAAGUCUAUAUGGGGAUGAAGGAUUUAGAUGACUUUACAGCAGCAGCUGUACAAACCCGGGAUCGCCUCAACCCCUAUUUAUUUAACUAUGCAUAUUCCGUGGCAUUAAAUCACCGAUCUGAAACAAGGAAUUUAAAUAUACCUCCACUCGUAGAGGUAUUCCCAGACAAGUUCUUGGAUAAAGGUCUUUUUCCUGCAGCCAAAGUAGAAACCAGUUUUGAUACCGAUCAGAGGGAACCUAUAGAGAUUACCGUAGAUUACACUGCUUCUGAUUUGGACCAAGAACACCGCUUGGCCUACUUCAGAGAAGAUGUGGGCCUAAACCUCCAUCAUUGGCAUUGGCACUUGGUCUAUCCUUAUGAAGGACCAGACUCAGUAGUGAAAAAGGACAGGAGAGGAGAACUCUUUUACUACAUGCACCAACAAGUUAUGGCCAGAUACAAUACGGAAAGGCUAUGUAAUCAUUUGCCUCGUGUUAAGCGCUUCAUCAAUUGGAGAGAACCAAUAGAAGAAGGCUAUUUUCCCAAAAUAGACACUUUAGUUGCCACCAGAUCCUGGGCUCCCAGAUUCAACAAUACAAAACUAAGUGAUGUUUACAGAGAAAUUGAUAAUUCUAAAUUUGAUAUUCAAGAUUUGGAACGGUGGAGAGACAGGAUUUUAGCUGAUAUUCACCGUGGAAGAGUGGAAAAUGGUGAUGGUCAAUUUGAAGAACUUUCAGAAACUGAAGGCAUAAAUAUGUUGGGGAACAUCAUAGAAGCAAGUGUGUUAUCAGUUAACCGUAAUUUGUAUGGCGACCUCCACAACCUUGGUCACGUUGCAAUAGCAAUAUGCCAUGAUCCCGAAGGAAAACAUUUGGAAACAUUUAGUGUGAUGGGAGAUCCUGCUACAGCAAUGAGAGAUCCGGUAUUUUAUAGAUGGCAUGCUUUUAUUGAUGACUUGUUCCAGGAACACAAAAUAACCCUUCCACGUUAUACUACACAACAGCUUCGUUACUCAGGAAUAACAGUAAAAUCUAUAGAGGUUCAAACUGAAGGAAAGCCAGAAAAAAACAAACUAUUUACAUUCUGGCAACAGAGCGAUGUAGAUCUAUCCCGUGGUCUUGACUUCUCACAAAGAGGAGCCGUCUUAGCUAGGUUCACACAUCUCCAACACAGACCAUUUAGUUAUAAAAUUAUGGUUAGUGUGAAAAAUGGUAAAACCACAAUCCCCAGAAAAUCAACUGAUUCUUCUGUCACUAUCCCUUAUGAAAAGACAUUCAGAAACUUGGAAAGCGGGAGACCUAAUCCUGGAGAACAAUUGGAACAGUUCAACUACUGUGGUUGUGGUUGGCCCCAUCAUUUGCUCAUCUGCAAAGGAACUUCAGAAGGAUUUGCUUGUCAACUAUUCGUCAUGAUAUCAGACUUCAAUCAGGACAAGGUGGAGGAUAAGAGCAGUGGCCAGAGAGCAAACCAGUGUGCUGAUGCAGUCAGCUACUGUGGCAUCAGGAACCAGCUGUACCCAGACAAGAGGUCGAUGGGCUUCCCAUUUGACAGGCAGCCCAGGGAAGGAGUUGAGACUAUCGAAGAUUUCCUCACUCCCAACAUGAGAUUAGUGGAUGUAGCCAUUCACCACGACAAUGCACCUGCCAGACCUAGAGUUACGGCAUAACAUCUUUCACUCGAAUACUUGAUCUUUCUAUAAAUAUAUUACUUCAAAUUAGUAAGAGAAAUAUAGUUUUUGUCUACUUUGUGAUUAAUGGGAUUCUGUUUCAUG